AUGAAUGUUGAUUCUGAUCCCUUCGAUACUGGAGCUAGUUUUGUUGAACUAUAUUUUGGUGUUAAUAUGGUUGGUUUCUCUUAUGACUUCGAUACUGCUCUGGGAGACUUCGAAUCUAGUGUUCGAGCGGCAGCAAAGUUCCUGAACUUUGAUGCUAAGGCUGCAGGAGAGAAAAGAUUACUCCAGCUGAAUGAAUUGGAUGAGUUCCGGCGUACUGCCUAUGAGAAUGCCAAAGUCUACAAGGAAAGGAACAAAAAGUGGUAUGAUAGGAAGAUAGCUUCUAGAGCAUUUGAGCCUAGUCAAAAGGUUCUACUUUUCAAUUCUAGGCAAAAGCUCUUUCCUGGGAAGCUUAAAUCAAGAUGGUUAGGACCCUUUGUAGUUACUAGAGUAUCACCUUAUGGUCAUGUGGAACUUGAAGAUAGGAAUUCAGACAACAGAUUCAUAGUCAAUGGACAGAGAGUAAAACAUUACCUCAAAGAUGAGAUUGAUCGUCAGAGAUUUACACACCUACUGACAUAA